GCCGUGUAUCGCAGCAGCACCAUUGAAUUGACCCUUCACGCCUGUAUCCCUCCAACCGAAUCGCAUCCACAGAGAUAAAAUCCAGUCGACCGCCGCAAACCCCGCCGUAACGCGCCCCGGGCGCCCACAACCCUCAACGAACCCCCCAAACCACAACCACACAUACCCAAGAUGGCGUCCGCAGCGCGAGCCGCCACGCCCAUCGUGCAAAGCUUCAUAUCCAGCCAGCGCAUCGGCGUCGUAGUCUCCGCCGGGAAAAUGUCGCGGGCGGUAAAAGUCCGCGUAGCAGAGCAAGAAUGGAACAAGCAGUUUAGAAAACACUUCCCCGCCCCAAAAACCUACCUCGUCCGCGACCCCAACAACUCCCUCGUCGAAGGCGACGUCGUCCGCAUCACAUCCGGACACCGCACGUCCCCCGCCGUGCGCCACGUCGUGACCUCGAUCGUCGCGCCGUUCGGCGAGCCGGUCGAGAACCGCCCGCCCGUGCUCUCGCAGGCGCAGCUCGACGAGCAGCGCGUCAAGGACCGUUUGUUGAAGGACGUGCGGGCCGCCGCGCGGGGCCGCGAGACAAGUGUGCACCGCCUGGCGCUGGCGCGGAAACAGGGGCUGCAGAUCCCGUCGCUGGAGGAGGCCGAGCGGAGUAUGCGCGCGUUCGAGGAGGAGGAGCGCGUGAGAAGGGAGAGUGAGGGCAAGGGCGCGAAGCGGGAGAAGCAUAGGGGGCAGAGUGGGCAGAUGUUGACGGCGAAGCAGAGGAGGGCUAGGGAGGGCGUGAAGACGAAGAAUGAGAAGAAAGCGGAAGAGAAGGUUAAAGAUGCGCGAAAACAGACGAUAUAAGAUUUGGAUGGUGGUGUAGGAUAUUCCCGUGUUGUGUGGGAGAAAUGGAGGGAAUGAGGAUGCUGUAUGAUUAGCCCGACAUUUAUCACGUCCCGAGGCCAUGUCUUGUGUAGAAUUGUUGAAGUUCUAAGGGUAACCAUGCGUACGAUAGCGUACGGGUUGGAAGGGUAUCGCAAUAACUCAUCAAACCGCCAUUCCUAGAUAAGAACAUGACCAAAAAAACUCCAAUUACUAUGCAUG